AUGGUGACGAGCCUAGCGCAGCCGCCGCCUCAUGCGGCGCCGCACCGCAUGCCAAGGAACAGGCCUGCGCCUCGUGCACCAGCACGACCGCCGCGCAAGAUGGACCUCGAUAUGAACAAGCCGCCCGUGGAGCGCCUGUGCACCCUGCCCACGUUCCAGGGCGCGUUCAACGCGAGCGAAUUCGUAUCGGCCCUGUGUGAGGAUCACAUGGCGCAGGCCAAAGCAAGACCUGUCUUUGAUGCACGCCCAUUCGCAGAGACCAUCUCCCAGGCCGCGCAUGAGCUGCAAGGUAUCAGGACCAAGGUUCUGGAACGCACAGCCUCUCUCAAUUCGGCUGUGCAAGUCUCGCAGUCCGUCUACACGAAAAAGAUUCGGCAGCUUACGAACAACUUCGACGCUACGCAGUCCUCUUUCGACUCGCUGCAAACACGCAUAUCGGAGGUGGGACGCACCGCCAUCCGUAUCGGCGAACAACUCGAAGCCCUCGAUCGCCAGCGAACGCGCGCCAGCGAGACGAAAGAUCUGAUUGAGUUCUACUAUAUGUUCGCCCGAGGAAGCUCUGAGCGGCUCGAUUACCUGCGCAAACAUGCGGGGCGCGACGGGCGCCUCAAAGCCGCCACCAUCUUGCGCCGCUUAGCGGUCAUUAGCCGGGAAGUGGAUAUCGAAGGCAGCAGUGACACGAGCCAUGCCAUCGAGCGAUACUGUGAGCAGUUCGAGCGAGACAUGCUGCGCCUAUUCGACAAGUACUACCGUCGCUCCGAUCCCAAGAUGAUGAGCCACAUUGCACAUGUGCUGCAACGCUUCAACGGCGGUAUGUCGUGCAUCAACAUUUAUGUGAAUCAGCACGACUUCUUCAUCUCGAAGCAGCGUAUGGCCGAGGCGGAAAAGAUUGGCACCGCACCUCUCUGGGCACACAUCACCGACCCCAACUCGGUGCCUCCCCGCUCGGAGCCAUCGCUAGACGCGCUCUAUGCAGACAUUCGUCGCACGGUCGAGCUAGAGGCCCAGAUUAUCGCCGCCGUAUUCCCCACGCCCUUGCUCGUGAUGCAGCUGUUCUUACGACGCGUAUUUGGACAGAGCGUCCAGGCCUACAUCGAAGCCAUCAUGCACCGCGCCCUAGAAAAGGACGCCGCGGCUGCAGGCACGACACGCCAAGAUACCACCAUCGAUGCUGCUGGCCUCGCAUUUCUCCGCAUGCUGCACGUCACACGGAGCUCGACACUGCUUCUCGUAUCAGAGCUCAAGACCAUCGACCUGCGCAGCGCAGGUAUCACCGUAUCCUCUGGGCCUUAUUCUAGCAGCAAUCUCGACGGUCUGUUUGCCCUUUCAAACCAAGAAGCCGAUGCAUUGAUCGGCACAGACUCGUACACAUCUGAACAGCUCGCAGCGGCAGGUGGCUCCGUGCUAGGGGCGAUGCUCGAUCAGAGCGUGGAAGAGCUGUUCUUCCAGUACCUGGAGCAACUGCGGUACUUGGACCGCGAGUGUCGCGUACUCAGUGGUCUCUUUGCCCACACCCUGCAAUACUUCUUUGCUUGGCAUCAAGCUACCCUCAAAGCCACACGCACGAACGCCACCAUCUUUAGUCGCAUCCGCGACCAAUUUACCGGAAAUACAGGCUCGUUCGGAAGCUCUGUGGCCUUUUCCACAUUAAGCGAUAGUGCUGGCUACGGCGCCGCGCCGCAAGUCUCCUCGUUCAAGCGCCUCGUGGACCGCGCUCGCGGUAUUAGUAUGUCAGAGGAAGAAGUCGCACCGCCCCUACCCGUGGGCGAAAACCCCGAUGAACGAGGUGAGAUCUCGCUCAGCCUCGCGGAACGUCUUCUGCGCUGGCACGCCGAGUCACUCGGCCGCUGCGUAGACCUUUGUGCCGCCUCUGACGUCCCUAAAAACACCUUCAUUCUACUGCGCGUCUUAACGGAUGCCUAUCUCAAGGCGUACGUCGAGGCAGCCUUGGAAACGGCCACGGUGCAAAUGUUCGGCUACGACGUGCGCGCGUCAACGCCGCCUGAUAACAGCGUCUUGACACUCUUGCGUCGGGUGGAAGAGCUCACAGAGCUAUGGCAGCAUUACGUACAAACCGCUGUUCUCCCACUCACCGCAUCAAGUGUCACCCUUCGCCGAGAGACAGCCAUUUACAACAACCACAACAUGCUCCGUGUGGAGGGCAAAAGCGAAGCCCUGCUGCAAAAGUAUACCGACAAUCUGCUAGGCUUUAUGGCAUCACGACUCUCGACACAGAAGCGCACCGACUAUUGCCCACGCAACGACGAUGUGGCUCUGACACAGCUCAAUACAGAGCCUUGCCUUGCCAUCGUGGACACACUCGAGGUACUAGAGCAGGAGGCCCGCAGCACACUAUCUGAACGCACCUGCGAGGCCCUGUUUACAGAAGUGGGUAUUGGGUUCCAUGCUUUGUUAUGUGAUCAUCUCAAGAAGUACACGGUGAAUGCCACAGGUGGACUCAUGCUGACCAAGGACCUGGCUAUGUACCAGGACGUAUGUGGCCGUUUUGGCGUUCCGGUCGUGAACGACCGCUUCGAAAUGCUGCGCCAGUUAGGUGCUCUGUUCAUUGUGCAGCCAGGUGUGCUCAAGUCAUACAUGCGUGAGGGGCACUUGAGCAGCGUGGAUGAAACGCUCUUGCGGCCUUACUUACUUCGUCGUCAAGACUAUGCUCGUGAUGUGCGUUUGCUCGAAGAGGACAACACGGGCGAUACAUCGACAGACGAGGUACAAGGCCGUUCCAGUACUCUUUUCGCGUCUUCGAACCAGUCCUCGACCAUGUCCACCUCAUGGUCAGCGGCAGAGAAGAAUAGAGAAUUUUCACGAAACGUCUCGUCCUUCGUGACAGACGUCCCAGAUCUGGCCAGUCUGAGUGAGCAGCUUGUGCAUCCACCGCAAGAACGUCCGGGAUCGUCGCGAAGCUCCCGUGGCGAUAGUUCGCCGGCUCGUAGCGGUACGCCGCAAGCCAUGCAUUGGUCAGUGACCGGAUCACCAGGCAGAAUGGAUACAGGAAACGAGCGACCAAGUCGGACGCCAUCGCCUUCAAAGAUGUCGCGCGAUCCGCUCGCAAGUUUGCACAGCUUAGUGCAAGAAUUGGACCUCAGCUGA